AUGUCGCUCGCCCAGCCGCCAAAGAAGACACCAGCACUCGCUCAAGCGCCAUCACCGACCGCCAAGCUCCCGCCAUGGCUCGUCAGCAUCGCCGAGUCGCCCGCCGUCGCCUGGUCCACCUCGGGCGCGCUCCUCGCUGCCCUCCCGCUGUGCGUCCGCAGCCCGGUCGGCUUCCCUCAGCUCAUCCAGCUGCCGCUCUUUGCGGCCGUCUUUGGUGGAUCAGGGUACAUGAUCUCGGCGGGCGACCCUCUCAACGGCAGCGGCACGACCACCGCCUGGUCCCUCGUCUACCUGUUCCUCAACGGCCGCAAGGCCCUCUCGGCGCGCCGACCGGGGCCCGUCGCGCUCGCGGCCGUCGUCGCAGCCCAGGCGGCGACGUACGGUGGCUACUACUUUGGGCAGGACUGA